AUGUUACACACUGGAGCUUUUGAUAAAUGCUGUAGUGUGGUGUUCAGUACAGCUCCCUGGGGGGAGCAGGAGCUCUGCCCAGAAACUGAAAAACAUUUUUUUUCACCCUUCCCUCACAGUGACUAUUUAUUCAAGCUGCUCCUGAUUGGUGACUCUGGUGUUGGAAAGUCUUGCCUUCUUCUCCGAUUUGCAGAUGACACAUACACAGAAAGUUACAUUAGCACUAUUGGUGUGGACUUCAAGAUACGAACCAUAGAACUAGAUGGAAAGACCAUUAAACUUCAGAUUUGGGAUACAGCGGGGCAGGAGAGGUUUCGCACUAUCACAUCCAGCUACUACAGAGGUGCUCAUGGUAUCAUUGUAGUGUACGAUGUCACAGACCAGGAGUCCUUCAACAAUGUCAAACAGUGGCUGCAGGAGAUUGAUCGCUAUGCCAGUGAAAAUGUCAACAAGCUAUUGGUUGGGAACAAGUGCGACCUGACGACAAAGAAGGUGGUUGAUUACACAACAGCAAAGGAGUUUGCAGACUCUCUGGGCAUCCCCUUUUUGGAAACCAGCGCAAAGAAUGCCACAAAUGUGGAGCAGGCCUUCAUGACCAUGGCUGCUGAAAUCAAGAAGAGGAUGGGCCCCGGAACCACAGCCGGAGGAGGCGGGAAGGCCAAUAUCGACUUGCCCCCCGGCACUACUGUCAAACCUUCAUCCGGAGGAUGCUGCUGAGAGAGAAACCACUUCCAUGUUGACCCCCCGCCCUCUUACUCUGCAGGCCUGUCAGCCUGGCCGUCAUCCCCCCUCAAACUCAACCUUGUCCCAGCAAAGCCCCCUACCGCAGCCAGACAGGACAGGGAAGACAUGACACAUGUCUAUGUGAGAACAAGAUGAAGUUGCCUGUAUUUGUACUGUACAUAAUAUAGCCGCACUACCAAAAACAAAUAAAGCAUCCUUCUUGUCAUACUGUCCUAUUACUGAUGAAACAUUCUACAGAUAGGUGAUCAUUCAACCCGGCCCAUUGCCCCUCUCCCAGACCUCUCAGAGACUACUCUUUUAUUUGACCCUCUGAAUGCAGGUUGAUGAGAACAGUGUGUGUGUGUGUGUGUCUGUGUGAAUGUGUCUGUUUCUCUGCAUUCCUACAGCGGGGUUGGAAAAUGAAUCAGUUUGAUUAAGAUUUCUGUUUGUGUGGACCUUUUCUGUUUCUUUUUUUCCUUCAGCUGUUUGUAUCAGCAUGUGUCUGUCAGUCUGUCUCCAUAUGAAGGUGUUUUUAUUUUUCUCUCCAGCCUCUGCACAGCAGUGUCUCAAAGUCCAGCAUCUAAAGUCUAGUGCAAAAGUAUAUGUACAUAAACAUUAUGUAUAUAUGUCAAAUCUGAUUUGCCAGUUCUGUAGUGUUCAAUACGUUAUUGGGAUAGUCUUGACUCUUUAUCUCUGCAUUAAAUUUGUGGCUGAAGACAACUGUAAGUUUGUUGCUCAACAUGUAACACUUCAACUUAAAAUAAAUAUUGUACUACCAGACUGUAUAAAAUGGGAGGACCUGUCUGCGAUUCUUGGUGAGAUGUGUAGAAAACCUGUUGGAAUUAUUUAUUCUACAUUCAUUUGGCAUAUCUACUGCCAGUUAAAUAGGGUCUGUUUGCAAAUUGCUGUGUAAUCUUAGUACAGAAUUGCAUAUAUAAAAUACAAUGUUCUCUUGUUUUCAUAAUAAAGGCAACUGAAUUCAGUUUGAAAGGAA